UAGAUUACAGUCACACCGCAUCGACUUUCAGAUUUUUUUCGCGUCGCAAAUUUUUGGAAUAUACCAAAAUAUUUACCACCAUCAGCUAUUAAAGACUGUUCUUUUGGCGCUCAUCUUUCAAAGAACACUUUUCAACCAAUCAGACAACCGCCUUCGUCCGAAAGCGAUCACAAUGUUGAAGGGUUACAAGACUGAUGAGGACAAGAAGGUGAAGCGACUGUACCACCAACGCUAUCGCACAGAGUGGGAGAAAUAUCCAGAGCUCUCCAGCUGGCUCGCAUCUAGUAACGAUGGUUACUCGGCGCACUGCAAGAUCUGCGACAUCAAUGUCCUCGCCAGACUGGCGUCCAUCAAGCAGCACCUCGUAACGCGGAAACACCAGGAAAGUUCCAAGUACCACAACAUUCUUGCCAAGAACAUGGUCAAGGGUGAACUUGACAAAGAUGAGCAUGACCCGGACUUGGAGGCAUCCAUAAUUUCAUCCAAAGCAAAGUCCAAAGCCAAAUCAAAGCCCUAUCCACGGCAAAAGCCAAGAAGCAAAAUGCUGCAAAAGAUCAAGAACGAGAUGAAGGUGGAGAGCAUGGAGGAGGAGGAGGAGGAGGAGGACGAAAUUGCCUCGAACGACUCAAUCCUGGAUGAUUUACUCAGAACCGAUCAGCCCUAUCAGGAGCAGGAAUUUGUGGUUGAGAACGAGUUCCUCGAAGCACAACAGCAUGAAACAGAUCUCCAGGACCAAGAGGUGGUCUACGAGGAAGAGAUGAUGCAGCUCAAGCCGGAAGAUCCGGAGAUUAAUAACGAAUUUCAAGUCGAUGCGAUGACGGAAGACACCAUUAUUAGCGAGUUUGACUUGUUUGGCAAGAGCUUGGCCCUGCAGCUGAACAACAUGGACCUGGAGGACGCGCUAAUGUGCCAAGAGCGUCUGCAGGUGGUCCUCACGGAAUUUCGCUUAAAGGUGCUUAAGCGCAAGAAAGACCAAGCACGAUCUUCGUAGGCUUACAAUUUAUAUCAAGCUGUCUUAUGUACAUAAUAUAAUUUCUUUAACAACUAAAUAAAUAACUAUUCUGCCUCAAUUUCGUCAAUAAG